AUGUCCAUGAGAUUGUAUCAUCAUCGUAUUCUUAAACUACUUCCAAUUGCGGUAUUAGCGGCAAGGGACGUGAGACUGAAGCCGACAGACGCCAAGGACUACCCAAGUGACGAGGAAAAUACCAAGUUGACGGGUAAGUUGAUCGGAUGUGACUGCCAGUCGGUGGCGUUGGGUCGCCCACGCCGGAUGUAA